AUAAGGUCCAUGGCUGGUGUGAGACUUCGGGGGCUGACAUCUUCUAAACUUUAUCAACGCCGGCAAGAUCGUCUGAGUGGCACAGGGAAAGAGAGGGCAGCUGGGAUAUUUGGUAACAUGUCAGAUGCCCUUGCCAAUGCUGUUUGUGAGCGCUGUCACUCGCGGUUUGAUCCCACGGAGCGAAUUGUGAACAGCAAUGGGGAGCUGUAUCAUGAAAACUGCUUUGUCUGUGCUCAGUGCUUCCGUCAGUUUCCAGAAGGACUUUUUUAUGAGUUUGAAGGAAGAAAGUAUUGCGAACAUGACUUCCAGAUGCUCUUUGCACCCUGCUGCGGGGAAUGUGGUGAGUUCAUCAUUGGCCGUGUUAUCAAGGCAAUGAACAACAACUGGCACCCAGAAUGCUUUCGUUGUGAGAUCUGUGACGUGGCUCUUGCUGAUUUGGGCUUUGUGAAGAAUGCUGGCAGGCACCUCUGCAGGCCUUGCCAUAACCGUGAGAAAGCCAAGGGCCUGGGAAAGUAUAUUUGCCAGAAAUGCCACUUGAUAAUUGAUGAGCAGCCUCUGAUGUUCAGGAACGACUCCUAUCAUCCGGAUCACUUCAACUGCACCCACUGUGGGAAAGAGCUAACGGCUGAUGCCAGGGAGCUGAAGGGGGAGCUCUACUGCCUGCCGUGCCAUGACAAGAUGGGCAUCCCGAUCUGCGGAGCCUGUCGCAGGCCAAUUGAGGGUCGAGUGGUCAAUGCUCUAGGAAAGCAAUGGCAUGUGGAGCAUUUUGUUUGUGCCAAAUGUGAGAAGCCAUUCCUAGGACACCGGCACUAUGAGAAAAAAGGUCUGGCUUACUGUGAGACUCAUUACAACCAGCUCUUUGGAGAUGUCUGCUAUAACUGCAGUCAUGUGAUUGAGGGGGAUGUGGUAUCAGCUCUCAACAAGGCUUGGUGUGUCAACUGCUUCUCCUGCUCCACCUGCAACAUCAAGCUCACAUUGAAGAAUAAGUUUGUGGAAUUUGACAUGAAGCCAGUGUGCAAGAAAUGCUAUGAGAAGUUCCCUCUGGAGCUGAAGAAACGACUGAAAAAGCUGUCUGAGCUGGCCACUAAGAAAACCCGUCCUAAAGCUCUGGAUUUAAACUCUGCUUAAACAUUUCUGUGCUUUCUACUGACUAACAUAUGUUAACCAAGCACAA